UGUAAAUUUAGAUUUGGUUUUAUAAAUUAACUAUCAUAAAUGGAAGGUUAUGAGCAAGUUUAAAAAAAAUUGUAAGAAUUAGUAAAAAGCAUAGUCUUAUGUCGUGCAAUUAAAAGUUGCGAAUAUGGCUUUAAAUGGAUUUUUGGAAUUCUUUCAAAAAGGAAAGACCUUCCGUCCUAAAAAGCGCUUUACUGCUGGUACUAUUCGAUACUCUUUGCACAAACAAGCGCAAGCUAGUCUACAAUCUGGAAUAAAUUUAAGGCAAGUUGUGCGUUUACCUGAUGGGGAGAAUCUAAAUGAUUGGGUUGCUGUACACGUUGUAGAUUUUUUCAAUCGAAUCAAUUUAAUAUAUGGGACGGUUUCCGAAUAUUGUAACGAAACAACGUGCCCGACAAUGUCCGGUGGUUCCCGAUAUGAAUAUCUGUGGGCUGACGGUGAAAAUUAUAAAAAACCAACAGCUCUGCCUGCACCAAAGUAUAUAGAAUUGUUAAUGGACUGGAUUGAAUCCAUCAUUAACAAUGAAACCGUGUUUCCUGUCUCUACAGAUAUUCCGUUUCCUAAAACAUUUCCGACGCUUUGCCGUAAAAUUUUAACACGUUUGUUUCGGGUAUUCGUCCAUGUUUAUAUUCAUCAUUUUGAUCGAAUUGUCAGUAUUGGGGCGGAAGCGCAUGUGAAUGCCUGUUAUAAGCAUUUCUAUUACUUUGUACAGGAGUUUGAUCUCAUUUCAAGCAAAGAGCUGGAACCACUACAGGAGAUGUCCUCGCGAAUAUGUAAAGAUUAAAGAACUGAUUUUAAUUAUUAAGACGAAAUUGCUGUAUACGCACACAUACACAUGCACACACUAAUUAAGUUAAAGCA